ACAGAAAAACAGUGAAUGGCUUUCUCUUAUAGAACAUCCGAACAAAACACAAUUCCUGAGCACAUUCUGCAGAGCUCGUUUGGUCACUUAAUCUCUUCUAACUGGUCUGGAUUACAGACAGAAUCGAUACCAGAGGAAAUGAAACAGAUUGGCGAGGAACAGGGAAACAAACCACGUUGGGCAGCUCUUCUGAUACUGAUGGUGAUAAUACCCACAAUUGGUGGAAACAUCCUUGUCAUUCUGGCUGUUUCACUGGAGAAAAAGCUGCAGUAUGCUACCAAUUAUUUUCUAAUGUCCCUGGCAGUCGCUGAUUUGCUGGUUGGAUUGUUUGUGAUGCCGAUUGCCCUCUUGACAAUAAUGUUUGAGGCUAUGUGGCCCCUCCCACUUGUUCUAUGCCCUGCCUGGCUAUUUCUUGAUGUUCUUUUUUCUACUGCGUCCAUUAUGCAUCUCUGUGCCAUUUCAGUGGAUCGUUAUAUAGCCAUCAAAAAGCCAAUCCAGGCCAAUCAAUAUAACUCACGUGCUACAGCAUUCAUCAAGAUUACAGUGGUGUGGUUAAUUUCAAUAGGCAUUGCUGUCCCAGUCCCUAUUAAAGGGAUAGAAACGGAUGUGAGUAACCCAAAUAACAUCACCUGUGAACUGACGAAAGCUCGUUUCGGCAAUUUCAUGCUCUUCGGCUCCCUGGCUUCCUUCUUCACACCUCUGGCGAUCAUGAUCGUCACCUACUUCCUCACUAUCCAUGCUUUGCAGAAGAAGGCUUACUUGGUCAGAAACAAGCCACCUCAACGCCUAACAUGGCUAACUGUGUCCACAGUUUUCCAAAGGGAUGAAACGCCUUGCUCAUCGCCUGAAAAGGUGGCGAUGCUAAGUGAUUCUAACAAAGACAAAACUCUGCCCAAUUUAAGCGAUGACAUACUUAUGCGAAGAAUGUCCACAGUUGGAAAAAAGUCAUUGCAGACCAUUUCAAAUGAACAGAGAGCCUCAAAGGUUCUAGGGAUUGUGUUUUUCCUCUUUUUGUUUAUGUGGUGCCCCUUUUUUAUUACAAAUAUAACUUUAGUUUUAUGCGAUUCUUGUAACCAGACUACUCUCAAAAUGCUCCUGGAGAUAUUUGUGUGGAUAGGCUAUGUCUCCUCAGGAGUGAAUCCUUUGGUCUACACCCUCUUCAACAAGACAUUUCGGGAAGCUUUUGGCAGAUUCAUCACCUGCAAUUACUGGGCCACAAGAUCAGUAAAAACUCUUAGAAAAUGUUCCACUAGUAUCUUCCGAAAUCCAAUGGCAGAGAACUCUAAAUUUUUCAUAAAACAUGGAGUACGGAACGGGAUCAAUCCUGCCAUGUACCAGAGCCCACUGAGGCUCCGAAGUUCAACCAUUCAGUCUUCUUCAAUCAUUCUACUAGAUACACUUCUUCUCACUGAAAAUGAAGGUGACAAAACUGAAGAGCAAGUCAGUUAUGUAUAAAGUGGCACAGUUUUCAUCUAAUGUAACGAUGAGUAGGAUGA